UUAGUUACUCAUAUACAACAUGCUGAACCGCGCGUGGAAGACGGUGAUACAUAGUGCAUCGCCAUUGGCCAGGCUAUCAAGUCGCCGUUACCAUCCCCUGAUGUCCACCUGGACAGCCCCAAACUCCAACCUCGUGCCCAUUGUCAUCGAGCAGACGGGUCGCGGAGAACGCUCGUAUGAUAUCUUCUCACGACUUCUACGCGAGCGUGUUAUCAUGCUUUAUGGACCUAUUAAAGAUACAGAUGCAGCAUUGACCGUUGCUCAGCUUCUUUUUCUCGAAGCAGAAGAGACGUCAAAGCCGAUUCACUUGUACAUUAACUCGCCGGGAGGUAGUGUAACUGCAGGGCUGGCCAUAUAUGACACUAUGCAGUACGUUUCGUCACCCAUACACACGUAUUGUGUUGGGCAAGCGUGUUCGAUGGGGUCCUUGUUAUUAGCGGCAGGUGAAAAGGGCAAGCGUCAUUGUCUUCCCAAUUCUAGUAUCAUGAUCCAUCAGCCCUCUGGUGGGGCAUCCGGACAAGCAUCCGAUAUUGCCAUUCAUGCAAAGGAGAUUCUCCGCGUGCGCCGGCUUCUGACCGGCAUCUAUCAAAGACAUUGCGCCAAAGAAGGAGAAGCCGAGGUUGCAGGGUUAGCACGAUUUGAGAAAGCCCUUGAGCGUGAUUACUUCAUGACAGCACAAGAAUCCGUAGAGUUUGGAAUCGUGGAUGGGAUUCUAGAAAAGCGACCGAGUUCUAACACGGACGGCUCUGUUGCCUGAUACGGCUGAUAUGCGUCACCCAGGACCUGAAACCCCUAACUCGGCUGUUGAGUUUUUGCUCCCUGAACCGGCAUAUCAUCUUUUCUUCCUAAUUAAUGCGUUUCCAACACUGACCUUCAUUGACACG